CGCAAUUCAGUUUGCUUCACUGUGAAGUUUUCUUCAAAUAUGUUAACUACUCAUACUCUAACAAAAAGGGUAUAGAAGGACCCAGCGGAUCAAAUGCUCACAAAUGAUAAUACAUGCGAGUGAAAUGCGAGAUUUAACCCGGAAAAACUCUCGCAAAUGAAUGGGGAAACGAUAGCAAUAUGACUUAUAUGUCGUUCAGUUUGUGGCAGUGAAUCUUUCAUUUACGAUAGUUGAAAGGAAUAUCGUUAAGCAGCAUUUACAUGAGGCGAUUUUCUAAGCGAUUCAACAACGCCUGAGAAGUUGCCUGAAAAGUUGAUAACACACGUGCAUUUACACGGGCGACAAAAGUUGAACGAGUUCGAAUGUCAACGUUGACUUUUUAAAAUUUUGGUUAAAUAUGAAUAGAAGAAAAAUUUUAAAACUUAGCAUCAACAUAAUUGCUAAAGAAAUAAUAAAAGAUUUAAUCAAUAACCUACGCAAGGAAGUGGUAAAGAGGAAACGUAGAGUAUGGGUAAGGAAAUGGGUUCGUCAGCGUGAAUUUUUGGGUGCUUCUGAUAAUUUGUACAAGGAGCUUGCCUUAGACGACCCGAAAAACUUUCAACAGCGUUUAAGAAUGACCAACGAACAGUUCAAUUAUCUUCUCCUAAAAUGUGCACCUUUAAUAAAAAAACAGGAUACAAGUAUGCGUGCAGCGCUCUCACCAAUAAUUAAAUUGCAAGUUACGUUAAAAUUUUUGGCAAGUGGUGACAAUUACCCAACUUUAGCGGAACUAUUUCGAGUACCAGAGAGCACCAUUUCCCUAUUUUUGAAGGAUGUACUCGACGCUAUAUGCGAGGUUUUGAACAAGUAUAUUCAGGUACCAACAUCAAAAGAACAAUGGUCUAAAAUUCAAAAACGAUUUUGCUGAUAUCUGGCAGUUUCCUCACUGUUGUGGAGCUCUGGAUGGGAAGCACGUCCUCAUACAAAAUCCACCACGCGGAGCC